CGUCUACCGACUCCGACCACGGGGUAAAGGUAUAUCAAGCCUCCAUCCAUAUUCGGGGCCGAGGCUCGGGCUCAUGUUGGCAUUGGCAUUGACAUCCAACCCUGAACCUUUUUUUUUUUUAAACUCCCCUAACUCCAACCUUACCCCAACGAGAAGCUCCCAGACCGAACCCGAACUCUCAACGGCUUCUUAACGUCCACAUGCUCACACAGUGGUACUCAUUGCCUCGGUGAAUCGAUCGAUAUACUUUACGUACAGUUACAACUUAUGAACAAUUGAUCACCGUUUCCCCAUCGUAUCUUCCAUUAUCCUCAAAUCAUGUUCACAUCUGCUCGGCGCUGGCUGCGCAACAAUCGUACGCCCAUUGCUGUCGGCGUGGGCGUCAUCGGUGCCGGUUACGUCGCGACGCAAUAUGUCAUUGGAAAGCUUAAUGAUGCCCGCGAGCGCAUGAGCAGCGAGCGCAUCGCCAAGGAGAAUCUGCGGCGUCGCUUCGAACAGAAUCAGGAGGACUGCACAUUCACCGUCUUGGCUCUCCUGCCCUCCGCCACGACGGCCAUUCUCGAAGCCAUGAACACGGAGCAGAUCACAUUUGAGAUUCAGCAGAUGAAAGCCACCAAGGCUAUAAAGAAUGGUGGCCCUGAGUCUGCAGCGCCACCCAGCAUCGCAGAUACUACAUUGACAGAGGACGAUGGGAAGAGUAUGGCUGGCCAAAGCGAGAGCGGUGUACAGUCCAGCCAGGCCCCUACAUCCUCACCAUUCAACGCCGGUGGCGAAGCGAACAAGGAAGCACCCAAGCCUCGCAAGACGAAGCGACAACUAUGGGAUGACGUGACCAUCAGCGCGGUGACGCGGUCUUUUACUUUGAUAUAUACCCUCGCGCUGCUUACAAUGCUAACUCGGGUUCAACUCAACCUCCUUGGCCGAAGAAGCUAUCUAUCGAGCGUGGUGGCCCUCGCAACAGGUGGCCAACAAGGCACCAUCAGUCUUGAGAACAACGAUGACGACAACACAGAACAGACAUAUGGCAGUGACUUCGACAUAAAUCGCAAGUACCUGACCUUCAGUUGGUGGCUACUCAACAAAGGAUGGGUGGACUUGAUGCGCCGAGUGGAGAGCGCCGUGCGCACCGUCUUUGGCAGCCUGAGCCCUAGGGACCUCUUGAGCUUUGAGAGGUUCUCUGAGCUGACGACCGAGGUGAGGAAGCUUGUCGAAGGCUCUACAAAGGAGGAGCGUCAGAAGUCAGACUGGCUCAACUUCCUCCUCCCACCCAGAGGCAUGGAGGACGAAGUGAUUCGAGAGUCGGGCAUCCUCGACGAGACAUCUAAUCAGGGUGGCGAACAGUCAACACCCGCGUCACAGGCAAUUCUGAGACGGCUGCUUGACGAGACAGCCGACCUUAUCGAAUCACCCAGUUUCACGCACGUCCUCACUCUUCUCCUCGACGCAGGUUUCUCCUAUCUCAUUGAUAACAAGCUCGCCACUGCCGCGUUUGAACUCCCGGCCUCAGAUGGUAUCGUCACUCCCGAACUUAAGGACCAGCAGCGCUCAAAGGUGAUUCUACUGCCCAAGAUCCUGUCGGUGUUGACACGUCAGGCACAUGUUAUUGGCGAUGGAAUGCCCAACGAAUACCUCCAGAAGAUGGAGACUGUCCGUGAUCUGGAGGCUUUUGCUGCUGUCGUGUAUUCAAGUAAUUGGGAGCAGGAAAUUCGCACAGAUGAUGACCUGAUGGCCAGUGCUGUUGAUCUUGGCGCUUCGCAGACAACUGGUGUCACCAAGGUAUCGCAACCACAGACUCGGACACAGACUCAGACACAGACACAAGUCCACGGUGCACAGGGGGAAUCAAGCCUGGUUGUGGUAGACCCUCAGGGGGGCUUCGAGAGCGCAUGGGGACGAGCAGUGGAGGACAAGUCGUGAAGCGUAUGUAUUUUGGUUGUGUUUGUUGUGUUGCUACAUAACUUUGGGAGUCAUGGCGGGAUCAUCACAUGGGAAUCAGGGAUGGAGAUAAAGGAGCAGCAUAAUAUCGGGAAGCAUCUGGGCCACUGAAGACGCAAACAAAUGUCACAUCUUAGUCAUUUAGAGGCGAGUAUAUGGUGUUGAUAUAGUUUAGUCGAGUCUGAGGGAUUUGGUUUAACAACCCCCCUCUUGUAACAUUGAUGCCGGAAAUGGCGUUGGGUAUAGUCCUCUCUUCUCUCCUUCCGCAUGCCUCCUUAGCCGAACGUGCCGAACGUGAGGGACGUUUCCGGGCUUCUGGUACGGACUCGCGCUGCCAUGCCGAAACCGUCAUCCUGCUCGGAGCCGGGCAACACGAGUGCCGUGUUCUCGUGUUUGGGUUAUUCUCCUGAUGGCUGGGAAACACCUCCUUCAUACCUCCAGCCUUCAGGCCAUGCCCGGGAGCGCAGUAUCUAGACUGGAGGGGAAGUGGGUUUGUUUCCCCAUCUCAAAAGCCCCAUGGUUGUAGGUGGUAUUUUCAAACGCAAUGCUUCGAAAAGUGCUCAUUACUCUUGCUCCUCCCGCUCACAUCAAGCCCCUGAUGAACUGAUCGAGGCCCAACUCGAAGAGCUCGUUCUUGACACCAUCGCCGUUUUUGUGUUCCACUGGCGCCAGGGGGUUCUUGACCACUACAAAGAAAAGUUAGCUCAAAUGUUACACUCUUCCUGGCUCAUAAACCACACCAUAUUCCACCCAUAGGUUGAUGUAAAUUUGGUGUAGCACAUUGCGCAUGCUCAAGGUCGCUGUGUCGGUGAGGAUAACAAAUCUCAAGUUGGCGGGUGUUUCGUAAAAGUGUAGCUUAUACUGGGCAGUUCGGUAGCUGAUGAAUGCAUCGUCGUCGCCGCCGAGCUUACGG